AUGGGGAAAGAAUGGAGUAGAAGCACGGACCUGACCAGCACAGUUGGCUACGACAGCAUCAUUCAGCACCUGAACGAUGGCAGGAAGAACUGCAAGGAGUUUGAAGACUUUCUGAAGGAAAGAGCAAUUAUAGAAGAAAAAUAUGGCAAGGAGCUCAUUAACUUGUCGAAGAAGAAGCCCUGUGGGCAGACAGAGCUGAACACGCUGAAGAGAUCCCUUGAUGUUUUCAAGCAACAGAUAGACAAUGUGGGACAAGGUCACAUCCAGCUGGCCCAAACCCUUCGGGAGGAGGCAAAGAAGAUGGAGGAUUUCAGGGAAAAGCAAAAGCUGCAUCGGAAAAAGAUAGAGCUGAUAAUGGAGGCCAUUCACAAAAACAGGAAUCUUCAGUACAAGAAGACCAUGGAGGCCAAGCGUCUGUACGAGCAGCGCUGCCGCGACAAGGAUGAGGCAGAGCAGGCCGUGCACCGCAACGCCAACCUGGUCACGCAGAAGCAGCAGGAGAAGCUGUUCCUGAAGCUGGCUCAGACGAAAUCAGCACUGGAGGACACUGACAGGAGUUACCAGCAGAGUGUGACCACAAUGGAGAAGAUCCGGGACGAAUGGCAGAACGAGCACAUCAAAGCUUGUGAGUUCUUUGAGACUCAGGAGUGCGAGCGGAUCAACUAUUUCCGUAAUGCCCUCUGGCUCCACGUCAACCAGCUCUCCCUGGGCUGUGUUCAGAAUGAUGAGAAAUACGAGGAAAUCCGCAGGAGUUUAGAAAUGUGCAGCAUUGAGAAGGAUGUUGAUUUUUUUGUAAAUUUACGCAAAACUGGAAGUUUGGCUCCAGCUCCUGUUGUUUAUGAAAACUACUAUAAUGCCCAGAGAAAUGUGACUCCUGCAAGAAGUCCAGCUCCUGUGCCUAUAUCAAGGAGGGGACCUCUGCCCACCCCGACCAGUGCACCAGGGGAGCCUGAUUAUGCCACAGUUGAUGGCUACAGCUUGGUACAUUUCUAACAGUCACAGUUUUCCAGAAGGCAGAAGACACUGUUGGUCUGACCAGCAUGGCAGAGAUGGUGUUUUCAGUUAUUCCCAGACACCCAGAGCUGAAGUGAAUCUGCUUUUCAAGAGAAUAUUUGAGGACUAUGAUAAUUAUUUGUACAUUCAGAAAGCGCUUACUAAAAACCUGUGCCUCUGAUCAGCAAACUCCUUGGAUGGAUCUUCACACUCAGAGGAGGAAAAGGACCAGACACAGGGGUGACCUGUGUCAGAAGAAGGUUUUGAUUUGAAGUUAUUCUGAAGUGUAGCCAUCUAGAAAGUCUGGGGCCUCCCACUCUUUGUAUAACUAAGAAGUUGUAUGUGCAAGGAGGAGUGCUGCAUGAUGCUUUGGGCACACUGGCUUGUGUCCAGGGUAUGUGCAUCCCUCCCAGAUCUCAGGUUUUGCCUGUUCCUAAAGGCUCUUGCCUGUACCUAAAGUCUUUCAUUAGUGGGGAUUAAACUGUAGGUGAAAUUUAGGUAAAAAUUUUAGGUCAUUUAGGUGAAAUUUUACUCAUAUCUCUCAGAAAUCUUACUUAGAGGGGCACCAGCAGUUGCACCAUGUGUCUGUCUUAGCUGUAGCUGUGCUCCAGGCUUAAGUGGAAGCUGCUUUGCAUCUACCCAGGGAGGGGCUGUGUCACAUCCAGCCUGCUGGGAAGUCCCAGGAAGGUUCUAAGGAAUUUAUUCAACUCUUCCAGCCACCUCUCUGAUGAGGGUCUUGUGGGCUUUUAGGUUUAUCAGGUUGCCCCUGGUAAGCUCUGGAGACCAGGCUGGAUGGGGCUUGGAGCCACCUGGUCUAGUGGAAAGUGUUCCUGCCCGUAGCAGGGAGUUGGAACUGAUGCCUUUUUGGGACUACCUAAAAACAGAGUCCAGACGAAACUAAAGGAAUAAAAAGUUAUAUUUAUUGAAGGGCCUUCAGGUACAUUUUGGGCAGACAAAGCCCCCCAAUAUAUGGACAAUGGGUCAUGGGUUUUCACAUUUUUGUAAGUUUGGUCCAUUUGCAUGUUGGGGGUUAAUCUUCCAAUUGCAGCUUCAGGUAAUGAAGUCAUUUAUCCCAAGUUUUGCUGCCCUUCAACUCACUUUUGUUUAUGUUUCUCAGGGCCUGAGACAGUAAGGAGUCCUUGAUUCCCAGGCCUAGAGAGGAAUUGUUUUGUCUGACCAAAAUAGGAAAGCAGUAGCUAACACUCCAUAUGGAGUUUAGGGUUAUACACUAAAGAAUUCCAGGAUUACAAAUAUUUGAAAAAUAUGAAAGGUAAAAUCCUAAAGGCAUCAGAACUAGGUGGUCUUUAAGGUCCCUUCCAACCCAAACCAUCCUGGGAUUCUCUGACUGUAUGAUUUAAUUAACUUCUGUGAUUCUCUAACCUCUUGUUCUUACUAUGCACCACUGGAAACAAACCUAUCUACUGCUGGAGCCAUGAAACCUGUUUUUCUGACCACUUCUCCUGAAAGUUCCUGCCCUUGUUGUUGCCACAGAUAUAGAUAUGAUUAUGGCUUUGAUUCAGAAGCUCUUGUGCCUCGGGGCUGCUGGUCUCUCUGAUGUCCCUGUGUGCAGUGCUGCUCCUCUGCUCCUCGCUGCCUUAUUUCACUGGACACAGGGACACAGGACAUGGGGAUAAACACACAGUUUACCUGGCUAAACCUGGUGCCAGGCCACUAACCUGGAGCAACGGGAUUUGCUGUUUUUAUGAUGUUUUUCAAGUUUAAUCUGCAUGGCUUCAGCAUGUGCCUCAGCCCACCAGUCCUUGGGGUUUUCACUGGAUUUAUUUGUGUGGGGAGGAUGACAAUGAGCUCCAACAUCUGCCCUGCUGCCUCACUGUGAGCUGUGCAGAGUGCACAUGGCAAGGAACCAGCUAUCCUAUUUAUUUCUGAAAGACCAAGGAUACAAAUACUCUUCUGAAGGAGCCUGCUGUAGUCUUAGU